UGUGCAUCGGAAUUCGGAAAUGUUGCAGGCUUGUUAAGAACUUUCUAAAUAAUUUGAAACUGACUUUCCAGAAUGUGUUGUGUCAAAAUCACAAAAUAUCGCAAACGAUAAUUUCCAAUUUUAACAGUACUUUGAUGGGAUUCAGGAAUGUCGACUUUGGAAUAUUCGAAAGCACUGGCAGCUCAGCGAAGCGUUCAUAAAUGUCAACGAUGCCCCUAUUUUACAACAUCACUUUUUCUUAUGAACAACCACGUGAAACGACACCGUUCAUGUCUGGAGAAAUUUACUUGCUCCGAGGCUUUAAUUGAAUCAUACUACUGUAAAGACUGCAAUUUUGAAACGGAGCUAACCCUCUUGUUCAAACAUCACGGCUUUAAAAGAGAAUCCGGAUUCCGCAUUCAAAACUACGUUUGCGAAAAGUGCGACUUUGAAACAAAUUUCUCAUUGAAGUGGCUUCAACAUACUUCAGCAUGCUCAAAAAAGAAAAAGCUUCAAAACAGUUCAGACUUCAGCCAAACUGACCAAGCACGUUGGUACUACUGUCCAGAAUGCCCCUUUAAAACGAAGUUAAAAUUUAGUAUAAAAAGGCACGUAAAUCGGGUCCACUUAAAAGAAGAAGUCUUUAAAUUGUACGAAUGCAACCAGUGUCCAUUCAAAACUAAAUAUAAAUCGUCUUUGAAGCCGCACGUCACUGCAAAACACCUAGACAAAGACAAAAUUAAGUGGCACGAAUGCGCCAAGUGCCCGUUCAAAUCUAAAUACCGCCCGACUUUAAAAUAUCACGUGAUUUGUCAACAUUUGGACGAAGAGGAAGUUAAGUGGUACGAAUGUGCCAGCUGUCUGUAUAAAAGUAAAAGAAAAGAUAAUUUGAAAGUGCAUAUGGAUAUCCACCAUUCGGACAUCAAAUCUUUCCAGUGCAAACAUUGCCCAUACAAGGCUAAAUUCAGAAGUUAUUUAAAAUAUCACAUGAGACACAGCCACUCAAUAUGCGACAAGUGUCCAUUUAAAAAUGCACACACAAACUGCGACCAUUUACACAAACUAGGUACUGAAUCGCACUCGUGCGAAAAAUGUUCAUUCAAGGCCAAAACAAAAUCUAGUUUAAAAAGGCACAUAAACGCUUUGCAUUUGAAAGGAGAAGAUGUCAAGUGGUACGAAUGCAAAGAGUGUCCAUUCAGAACCAAGUACACGUCGUCUUUAAAGACACACAUAACUGCCAAACAUUCGACUGUCAAAAAGACACAAUUAAUUACAAAACAUUCAACUGUAAAAAAGCAUCACGAGCCGAUUGAGUGGCACGAAUGUGCGAGCUGUUCGUAUAAAAGUAAAAGAAAAGAAAAUUUGAAAAGACAUAUAGCCAUCCACCAUUCUGAUGUAAAAUCGUUUCAGUGUGAAUUGUGUCCAUAUACAGCGAAACACAACGAUUAUUUAAAGCGGCACAUGAAUUGCCACCAUUUAGAUGGAGCGGAUGUUAAGUGGUACAAAUGCGAACAAUGUUCUUUUAAAGCCAAGGAUGGAGCUUAUGUGCGUAGGCACAAAAAAAUACAUGUGUAAUGUUUAUUUUUUUUAAGUUUGUAAUGAGAUAUUUUAAAACACGUGAACUGUGGUUAAUAAAAAUCUUCUCGUUUUA